AUGGCCUCCAACAGCAUCGACGCCACCCUAGCAGCUGCCAUCGACGCCGACACCAGCACCGAGGAGAUUCUGCUGGCCGCUACCAACCACGACCUCGACGCACUGCGAAAACUGUUUGAGAAGAACGAUGCGAAGGUUCAGGAUGCGGACACCGGGUUCUCGCCCUUACACGCUGCCAUUGCGGCGUGUGAGCCCGACGAGGAUUUCAAGAACGAGGCGGAGGUGAAUGGAGAAGGGGAUGCGAUCAAUGGGCAUGCUCUGAGUGAAGACUCUGCUCUGGCUACGGUGAAGCUGUUAUUUGAGAACGGAGCGAUAUGGAAUGAGCUCGACAACAAUGACGAGACCCCUGGGUGUCUUGCGUUGAGGUUGGGUUUGAACAGAAUCUAUAAUGCACUUGUGGAUGCUGGCGUGAGAGCAGAGCUGCUGUUCAGCAUGCUGGACGACUACGAGCCAAUUCCAGACGAGCCUUCCGCGUCAGAAGGUGAAGGCGAGGAUCUGGACGAUGCCAUUGUCGGCUUCGAGCCUGCGCCGAAGCGCAACGAGCCUUUGCCGAGCAAUGUGGCCGGCUCGCAAGAGUUUGAAGGCUUCGAGCCCAGUCCCAAUCCUUCUUACAAGGUGGAAGAGGAUGACUCGCCCGGUGCUCGACCACAGAAUGGGACAAACGUGAUGGAGCUGGCGGACGAAGCUGCCGAACAUGAGACUGAGCAUGUACUCACGAACCCGAACGUCAACAGUGAGGACUAUUUGAAGUCGAACCUUACCUAUUCUGGUGACAGACUGCUGGACUCCGACAAGAACGCGGUCAUGAUGGACUGGGAGACAGAGAUUAUGAAGAUCUCCGCCAACAAGCUGUGUCCGAAGCAAGGACUGCGUACGAUGAACGUCGGAUUCGGAAUGGGUAUCGUCGACUCCAUGUUCCUCGCCAACUCCCCCUCGGUCCACCACAUCGUCGAGGCGCACCCACAGGUUAUCGAGAGGAUGAGGAAUCAGGGCUGGUUCGAGAAGCCUAACGUCAAGAUCCAUCAGGGCAAGUGGCAGGAUGUGUUGCCGAAGCUGGUUGAGCAGGGUGUGUCGCUGGAUGCCAUGUACUACGACACGUACGCGGAGGACUACAAGGAUCUCAAGGAGUUCUUCGAUGAGUAUGUGAUUGCACUGCUGGAGAGCGAUGGCAUGUUUGGGUUCUACAAUGGGCUAGGAGCGGAUCGGCAGGUGUGCUAUGAUGUGUAUACGAAGGUCGUCGAGCUACACCUGGACGAAGCAGGCCUGGACGUCGAAUGGACCGACAUCGCAGUCCCUGACCUCGCGGCCCGUGGCGAAUGGGAGGGCGUGCGUCGACCGUACUGGGCAAACAUCAAGACCUACCGGCUCCCGACAUGCAAAUUCGUGGGUUGA